AUGGCGACGGUGAUGAUGGUUGAGGAUAAUGCGGCCGUCCGUGCAUGGUCAGAGAGGUUACAGUUAGAGAAAGGGGAUAGCUUAGCAGAAGGAUAUACAUCAGAGUUGCAGAAAUUCAUUCGCAUCAAUGUAGCGCAGAAUGAGUUGCAAGCGUUGAAAGAUAUAUGGGCUCAUUGGGAUGAGGGAAUCAAACAGUUGUUCUAUCAAAGCUAUGGUGAUAUAGCCUACUUGCUCGAUAUUAAGGUAGACAAGCGUCUGUUCCGAGUCAUGGCUCAAUUUUGGAAUUCUGCUUACGAUUGUUUCACUUUUGGGGAAGUGGAUUCGGUACCUACUGUGGAGAAAUAUACUACCCUGUUAAGGUGUCCAAAAGUUCAAGUCAGAAAAGCUUAUGCUAAGGUUUUCAAUGGUCUAACUUUUGCGAAGAAAUUGAUGGCUAUUUUGGGGAUGAGCGAGCCUUGGGUUACUACUCAAAUUCAACAAAAGGAGGAUAGUAAGUGUAUUCCUUGGGAGAAUUUGAGAGAUUUGGUUUUAACACAUCCGGAUGAAAGGAAGAGGAUUGAUAUGUUCGCUUUAAGUAUAUAUGGAUUGGUGAUUUUUCCUAAAGCUUUGAGGCAUGUGGAUGAGGCAGUCACUGACUUAUUCGAUCGUAUCGAGAAGGGAAUCACACCUAUACCUGCAAUAUUGACAGAGACGUUCAGAUCCUUGAGCACGUGUCGAAAAACAGAUGAGGGGCGGUUUAUUGGAUGUGCACAACUAUUGAUGAUGUGGUUUCAUAGGCUUUUUUGGAAAGUGAACAAGGUUUUUCACUGGGUCUUUUCUGAAGGUUAUUCCCCGUUAAAGGAGGAGGCAGCCAUGCAGAAGAGAGACGAUAUUUCAGAGGAAAAAUGGAUAGAAAUUUUUCAAAAUCUCAAGGAAGAGGAUAUAGAGUGGAGAGCUUUUUGGAUGGUUCCUAAUGAGGUCCUAUAUCGAUGCGAGAAUUUUGAUUGGGUACCAUUGUCAAGAAUUUGGGAAGCUAAUGGGUAUACUCCAUUGCUUGCAUUAAGGCAAUAUAAAUCGAGGAAGUUUGUACCCACGACUUACGGGCUUGCUCAGUGUGAAUUCUCCUAUAAAGGUGAUCACUAUAAGAAGAAGGUUCGGGAACUUUCUGAUGCUUGGAAGCAAACCCGCUGGAUGAAGAGGUUGGCUGUCGGUUCCAUGGUGACGCCUGAAUACAAUGGAUGUGUGACAGCCCCAAAUUGA